AUGUCUGUCCUGAGGAAAUCUAUGAGCUUUUCCCUUAUGGGGACUUUGGCCGCCAGCUGCCUGCUUCUCGUUGCUCUGUGGGCUCAGAAGGCAGAUGCUCUGCCCAUCAACUCCCAAUGCAAACUUGAGGCAGCCAACUUCCAGCAGCCAUACAUCGUCAACCGCACCUUUAUGCUGGCCAAGGAGGCCAGCCUUGCAGAUAACAACACAGAUGUCAGGCUCAUCGGGGAGGAACUGUUCCGAGGAGUCAAAGCCAAGGAUCAAUGCUACUUGAUGAAGCAGGUGCUCAACUUCACCCUUGAAGAUGUUCUGCUCCCCCAGUCAGACAGAUUCCAGCCUUACAUGCAGGAGGUGGUGCCUUUCCUGACCAAGCUCAGCAGUCACCUCAGCCCCUGUCACAUCAGCGGUGAUGACCAGAACAUCCAGAAGAACGUAAGACAGCUGAAGGAAACAGUGCAAAAGCUUGGAGAGAGUGGAGAGAUUAAAGCGAUCGGGGAACUGGAUCUGCUGUUUAUGUCCCUGAGAAACGCUUGCGUCUGA